AUGACCGCUCGCGGUCCGGCGGGAUACCCCGCUGCACGGGCCAGGCACGGGUUCACCCAGGACGGUUUCGACACCGAGUUCGCCCAGCAGAGGCCCACCGCGAAAGGUCGGCUUGUGCCGCGACUACGACACGCGUGGGGACGCAAGUGGAAGCGGCGGGGCUUCAAGUCCCGGCUGCUGGGAUGCUUCCCCAUCGCGACCUGGUUGCGUCACUACGACGUCAGGCACGACCUGCUUCCGGACCUGCUCACGGGCGUUACCCUGGCCGUGUUCCACGUGCCUCAGAGUUUCGGCUACUCCCUGCUGGCCGGGGUGUCACCGAUCUACGGCCUAUACACGUCACUCUUUCCCAUGCUCAUGUACGCAGUUUUCGGCACCUCCAGGCACGCCUCUAUAGGUGCCUUUGCUGUGGUCUCAAUCAUGACGGGCAACCUCGUCGAGGAAAACAAACUCGAGUACACGGCAGCUGAGGUUGCCACUACAUUAUCGUUUCUCGUGGGCCUUUACCAGUUACUGUUCGGCAUGCUUCGGCUGGGCAGUCUGAGCGUCUUCCUCUCCGAGCAGCUUGUCAGCGGCUUCACAGCCGGCGUCUCGGUGCACAUAGGCUCUAGCCAGCUGCCAGGACUGUUCGGCAUCAACGUCACCGUCUACUCUGGCCCUUUCCACCUCAUCAAGGGCUACAUCGAGUUCUUUCACCGCAUUGCGGACACUCAUCUCCCCACACUCGCGCUGUCCGCAACUAGCUUCGUCAUCAUGCUUCUCAUCAAGAUACUGGUCGAUCCAGUUCUGCUCAAGAAGAUCGGUAUCCCCUUCCCCAUCGAAAUGGUCGUCGUCAUUUUCGGCACAUUGUUGUCGCAUCAUCUAAACCUCGAAGGUUACAACAUGAGCGUCAUCGAUCACAUCGCGCACGAGAUGCCCCGGCCCCACUCACCGGUUUUCUCGGCACAGCUGCUGUCACGAGUGGCGGCGCCGGCGCUGGCCGUGUCGGUGGUCAGCUACGCCAUCACCAUCUCGCUGGGGCGCAUAUUCUCCAGGAAGCACAACUACGUCAUAGACCCCAACCAGGAGUUCCUGGCGUUGGGCGCGUGCAACCUCUUUGGCGCCUUCUUCGCUUGUUUUCCGGUAGGGGCGUCGGUGCCGCGGAGUUCCAUACAAGAGGGCGCUGGAGGCAAGACGCAAGUCGUCAGCUUCGUCAACUCUGUCAUAAUUUUCAUCGUGAUCACCUGCCUCAGCUCCUACUUUGAGAAACUGCCCGUGGCCAUUCUCUGCACAAUCAUUUUCGUUUCACUCAAGAAAGUGUUUCUUCAAGUCAGAGACUUCCAACGCUUCUGGAGGAUAUCGAAGAUCGAUGGCAACAUUUGGAUGGUCUCAUUUCUGGCCACUGUGGUGGUGGAUGUACAGUUUGGACUCGUCAUCGGAAUCAUCUUCUCACUACUCACUCUAGUCUACCAGAUCAAAAGACCAAAGGCUUGCCUACUGGGAAGCAUCCCGAACACAGACUUCUAUGUUCCGAUGAAGGACUACGGCGUUGCAGCUGAAAUUCCCGGUGUGAAAGUGUUCCACUUCGGUGGACCCAUUCACUUCGCAAAUGCUGACUACUUCCGCUCCGAAGUGUCCAAGAAGCUAAGGAUUGACGUCAACGUCCCGGAAAAGCCCACGUGGAAGACCCCAAGGAAAGCUACCAUUCCCAGCAGCGCAAAGGCCAGGAACGUCAUCAGGAUUCGUGAACCAUCCUGCAGCUUCUCAGCCAAUAUUCCGGGCGUACCGCCGUACGAACCGAGAGCCUGCGUGCCGGUGUACAUGACUACAGAGCCCAUCGCAGGAGUCGGUGGCCGCCCCUCGUACAUCAUAUUCGACUUCUCUCGGGUCAGCUUCGUGGACGGAACCAGCAUAAACACCCUGAUGGAGGUCUUCAAGGAGUACAGGACCAUGGGUAUUUCCAUCUACAUGGCAGCAUGUUCAGUGACUGUGUUCCGUAUGCUCAAAAAGGGCGGCGUCCUCGACGUCCUGCCGUCGGCCAAGUUCUUCCCCAGCGUGCACGACGCCGUCCUGCACACGCGGAACGAUAAAAAGGUUGCAAGCUUUACCUAUGUCCUUCACAAGACACAUGGAUGUCCACAAGGCGAUACUGCCAGGCGUGGCCACGUAAGAAACAGCACCGGUGACCACAACGGCAACGCUAUUCUGACGUACGGAACAGACGGCGUCGGCUCUUGUCAACCAAGCAGCAACAACGUCCUGUGCUGUUCCAUCACAGAAACUCGUGGAUCCUGA